CAGAAUUUUUCCCGUGCUCCGACUGCAGCUCCGUAGGUGAUGGUUGUUAGUGAAUUUGUUUUUGUUUUUUAGUUUUAAUUGUCGUUAUUAUUAUUAUUAAUUAUAUAUUAUUAUUAAAGUAUUGCGGUGAUACAUUUURAAUGCAUAAUCAUUAUAACUUUUGUCCGUAUAGACUACGAUCCUGACAUUAAWCCAUUGCUUAUCCAGUUAUACUACAAUGUUAUGAAUAAAUACUAGUUUUGAAUCUAAAUAAUACAAAUUGGAAGAUUCAAAACCAACAAUGACUACCCAAAUUAAUUCUAAAUGGUCUUGUGAUGUUUGCACUUAUGAUAAUUACCAUUCAUCGCUGAAAUGUGUCAUGUGUAGAAGACCCAAACUGCAGUUGUCCCAAGCUCAGGACAUAUAUAGUCUUAGAGAUGAACUUCCUGUUGAACCUCAACCUCAACUUAUUGAAGCGUCUGGGGAAAUUGAUAACUGUGAUAAAAUAAUAGAUAGCAAUCUAGUUGAUGCACUUAACGAACAAUUCAACACUGAUUUGAAAAUCAGUGAUAGAGCUAAUUCACCAGAAAAUGAAGAGGCUUCUUCAAGUUUAGAAACACUAGCACUUUGCAAAUGGUCUUGUGCUGCUUGUACAUAUCAAAAUUGGCCUAAAAGUUCUAAAUGUAUCAUGUGUGGAACAAGAGGACCUCGUAAAACAWCACCAUCACCCGAUAAUUCGUUAUGUGAACCUCCUACUAUCAUUACAAAACGAGUUAAGUCACCAGAGAAGGACUUAGCAGCAACCAUUAAUACAGAUUCAAAUAUUUGUACAUUAAAAAGAUCUUCAUCAAGACGUCGUUUGGAUGACAUUAAUAGUAACUAUGAUAGAGCCUGGCUUGCUGCUUGUGUAGGCGUAGUUCAAGGUGAUUGGAGUCCUAUUGCUGCUUAUUUACACGCGGGUGGUGAUCCAACCAGGUCAUUGACAUCAACUGAAGUAACAUUACUUAAUAGACCAUCAGCGUUUGAUACUGGACACACAUUAGUUCACCUUGCUGUUAGAUUUCAUCGUGAAGAAAUUUUAUCAAAUCUUUUGAAUGGAAUAAAUGCUACUAGUAGUUCAACAACUGUAAAACGAGUACCUUCACAUGUUGCACAUCAACUAGCUGAUGAGAUUGGAAAACAUUUUCUUUCYACAAUACGUGUAAGAAAAUCCUUAAUGCCGUGUCCAUUUGUUACAGAAUUUGCAACAUUCUCCCUACCUUUUGAAAUUGAAGAACUUCCAAGACCAGUUCAAAGACAACUACUCGAUGAACUACUUGAUCGUAAUGUUCAACAAGAAUUGGAAAUUGAGGAAGUCCCACCUGUAAUUAAUUGGUCAUCUGAAGUCUGUGAUGGAUUAUGUUCUAGACUAUAUGCAUUAUGGAAUCGUUCAGCUGGUGAUUGUUUACUGGAUUCCUUAAUGCAGUCUACCUGGGGUAUUUUUGAUAAAGACAAUAUACUAAGGAAAGCUUUAGCCGAUUGUUUACAUGAAAGCAACAUGAUGUUUUAUCCAAGAUGGAAAGAGUAUGAAGCAUGGCAAGCAAAACAGUUAGAAUUUUGUUUAGAUGAGUAUCAAUGGGCUGAAGAUUGGGCUGCAUUAGUAUCUCAAGCUGAAAGACCUGGGUCAAGUUUAGCUCAACUGCAUGUAUUUGCAUUAGCUCAUGUGCUGCGUCGACCAAUUAUUGUAUAUGCUGUUAAAUAUGUGAAAAAUUAUCGUGGAGACCGUUUAGGUUAUACAAAUUUUGAAGGUGUUUACUUACCACUUCUAUGGGAAUCAAGUUUUUGUAUUAAAUCUCCAAUAACCUUGGCUUAUACACGAGGACAUUUUUCUUCACUGGUGCCUGUUGAACCAUUACCUCGGGGAAAGAGUACUACAUACUUGCCACUUGUUGAUCAUGAUCACAAAUUAUUACCAAUACAUUUUGUUACCAAAUCUGAAAUGGGACAUGAAGAGAAUAUUUUAAAACAAUGGUUAGAUGUUUGUUUAACAGAAAACGGUUUGUUAUUAGCUCGGCAGCGUUUGCAUAAACGACCAUUGUUGGUUGCUCAAAUGCUUGAAGAAUGGUUGAAUUAUUAUAGAAAGCAAGCUCAAAUGACAAUCACGCCAUUUUCACGGCCUAUUUCAAUACAAGACUAUUCAAGCGAAGGAGAAUCUGAACAAGAAUAAUUUAUGCUUUUACAGUGUAGUGAGUUUCCUAUAUUUCAAUAUUUCAUGAUGUACAAAUAAAUCUUUAAAUCUCAAUAUUUUUAUUAUUAAUUAUGCUUGUCACUAUAUUAGAAUUUUUUUUUAUGAGAGUCAUACUAUAAAACUGUUAUGUUUGAUAUGUACCUUAACAGGGUUCAAAGAAAUUAUUGAUAUUUAUUUGAGCUGCUCUAUUUAUU